UUUAGAACAUUUUUGAACUGUUAUGAGGCGAGAAUGAAUAAUUCGGAGGACAGCGGAAGCAAGUGCUCGCCUGCCCCCAUUUCAAGCUUCACGAUCCAGUCCAUUCUGGGCACCUCCAACGAGAGAGUCCGGUCGGCUGGAAAGGACAGCCCCAAAUCGCAGCCGAGGAAGCGGACGUUGUCCGUGUCAUCGGAGGACGACUGCAGCGCCGGAGAGGACUCGGGCGACUGCUAUUGCUCUGAGCCCGGUGUACCAGAGUCCUGCAACCCGCACCAGCCUCUGAACUUCUCCUGCCUCGGUGCCACAAAGGGACUUCUACCUGUGCAGGAUGGGAUCGACCGCCGGCCGCAUUUGACACCAUCCAUACUACCGGAUUACAAAGAGGAGCAGGAGCGAGCGUGUAGCCAAAUGUCUCCAGUUUCUGAAGAGAGACAACGUGAUGGCACGGACAAACAGAGCAGCUCCGCCAAGAAGAAGACGCGCACCGUCUUCUCUCGGAGUCAGGUUUAUCAGCUCGAGUCCACGUUCGAUAUGAAACGCUAUUUGAGCAGCUCCGAGAGAGCCUGUCUCGCUUCCAGCCUGCAGUUAACGGAGACACAAGUGAAAACGUGGUUUCAGAACCGGCGGAACAAAUGGAAACGUCAGCUCUCUGCGGAACUGGAAGCUGCGAACAUGGCGCACGCAUCGGCGCAGACUUUGGUUGGGAUGCCUCUCGUUUUCAGAGAAAAUUCGUUGCUCCGAGUGCCGGUUCCGAGGUCCAUCGCUUUUCCUACCCCACUGUAUUACCCUGGAAGUAAUUUACCAGCUUUACCAUUAUACAAUCUUUACAAUAAGAUUGAAUAUUAACUUUUGCGCACAACGAAAAUUCCUUGCUAAAGGAUGACACAUUAUU